UGCAGUUCCAUGGGGUCACAGAGAGUUGGACAUGACUGAGCACACAUACACAGGAUGCUGGAUUUUUCAGGACUGUUAAGAUUUUUAAAAAGUUGCUGCCUCUCCUAUAAGCCAUCAAAAUUGCUUAGAAUUGCUUGUAUUUUUUAAUUUUUAGAAAAUACGGAUACUCUUGUAUAAUGUCUUUAAGUAUCAUAUAUUCCUGAUCGAGUACAUAUAAUAUGCAUAUAUAUUAUAUAAUUAUAUGUGUAGUCAGAUAUCUGUGUGUAUGGGACUGAAGAAUGUCCAUAAAUGUAUCUUGCUUAUAUACUACUUUGUUUCAGAAUGAAUUUGAGGUGAGUACUAAUUUGGAUUAUAUCACGUCUCUAUUUUAUAACAUGGAUGUUUUCCUGUGUCAUUAAAUCCAUUUUGAAGACAUCAUUUUAAUGGCUACCUGGUGACCCAGUUUUUGGAUAUGCCAUCAUUUACUUUACCAAUUUCCUAUAAUGGAUUUCGGAUUGUUUCUAAGUUUACAGUAUCAUGAUACUAUGGUAAAUUUUCUUAUAUUUACAUUCUUAUAGGUGUCUCCUAUUAUCUCCUUGAUAUGAGUUCCUAGAAGUGGAGUUAUUGAAUGCAAGGUUUGCUCUGUUUCGAGGUUGCUGACAUGCAGUUGCAGUUUCUGGAUUUUGCCAGUCGGUCCUUGGGCACACCCUUACGGACAGCGCUGUGCCUCUGGCCGUGUGGGCUGUCCCCGGGGUCCCCUUCGCCCUUCCGGGAUGCCCGGCUCUGAUCUCCAGGUGUUUUUGUUGGUGUGACUCUUUCCUCAGAUUGUCUUCCUCGGGGAAGGGGCUUGGGUGCUACACAGGAUGUUGGUGCUUCGUGAACCCCAGCAGCUUCAGAUUCUGUAUGACUCCUUGGAGGAGAGCACCCCUGAGUCCUUGAAGGUGUACGGUGCCCUUUUCCACAUCAGAAAUAAAAACCCGUUCAACCUGGAGGUGCUGGUGGAUGCCUGGCCAGGGUACCAGACAGUCAUCAUACGGCCUCAGAAAGAGGAGAUGAAGGAUGACCUGGAUUAUUAUAUCAACACUUACCACAUCUUUACCAAAGCUCCUGACAAGUUAGAGGAAGUCCUAGCAUGCCCGCAGGUCAUCAACUGGGAACAAGCCUUCCAGAUCCAAGGUUGUCAAGAGAGCUUGGGCAAGGCAUUACAAAAAGUUGCAGCUUCAAAAUCAGUGCAGGUAGAUUAUCUGAGAACCGUACUUUUUGUGUUUGAAAAACCAACAUUCGCGGCAUCGAGUGGUGACAAGAUGGAUUUGGUGAAGUUACUACAGGUUCCUACAGUGCUGAAAGAUAAAUGGAAAGAAACUUUUCAGAGCAUCUUCUUGGAUGUCUCGCAUGCAAGGAUUGUGAAUGAGCACUGGGACUUGGGAAAAAAUGAGAAGAGCUUGAAAUAUGUUGAACGCUGUCUCCAGAAUUUUGCAGGAUUUGGUAUUCUGAAUUCAGAAGGGAACCUCGUGUCUUGGUUUAUAACAGAACAGUCCUGUGAGAUAAGAAUGGGUUACACUAUCCCCAAAUACCGAGGCCAAGGCCACAUGUGGCAAAUGGGUAGUCAGAUUGUGGCAUAUUUUUUUUCAAAAAAUAUACCGUUUUAUCUACAUGUGUCAGAAGAUAAAGAAAAAACUCAACAGACAACGAUCAGUUUUGGGUUCAAGAAUGCUCUUUGUGGCUGGCAUCAGUGGAAAUGCACCCCGAAGAAAUACUGCUGAUGGUACUAUUGUCCAUUUCACAUGUUUCUUAUCAGGGAAAAAACAUCAGUGCAAACAAAGGUGGUAGUCUACACAAGCAACAAAAACCAUCCAGUUCUCUGGGGCUCAGGCCCUGCGCAGGCCAUGUCUAUAAUAGUUUUGUCUUCUUUCUCUUGUGUAGUACAGAACAUUAGAAGCUUGGCUCUUUGCUGUCCUGCUUUUCCUUUAUGGUGAGAAAUGUCUCAGAGUUGAAAUUACCCAAUGUCAAUCAUUAGUGCUAACAUAUCCCACUUUCCUCUUUGAAGAAGACCUCUUUCAGGAAGGAAUCCCGCUUUUUCAUGCUUCUCAUUUGAAAGUAAAAUGUCUCCUCUGAAAGUCUCUUCUCUGGCAUCCUUCUCUUCUUCCCACAGAGUUUCCCAAAGGAUCUUUCAAAAUGCUUCAGCAUCAUUGCUUUCUCUCUUGGGUGCCCUCAAAAGUGCUUUGAGGUACUACACUGAAUUGAAUUAUGUGGGCAUCAGUGAAACUUUGGUUUUCUGACUAGCUUUUAUCACAGAAACUUGGUUAAGUUGAGUUGUAUAGCAUAACUUCACAUUUUUAAUAUGAUUAUAGAUCUAUGCUGUAUUAGUUUCCUAUUAUUGUUGUAACAAGUUACCACAAAUUUAGUGACUGAUGAUGCAGUGACAUGAUCUACCAUAUGAUCCAUCAAUCCCACCCCUGGACAUAUAUCCGGAGAAAACAAUAA